AUGACUAUGAGAUCCUGCAUAAAAAAAGCAAUUAAAAAGAACAAAAAUGAUCCCUGCCCAGAAGAGCAAUAUUUAUUUGAUGACAUUUUGGAAGCACAUCAUCAUGCUUUUGGGAAUCACCUUGAAUGCAAAACACAUUUCUGUGAUAAAACAGGAAAUGUGGAGCAAAAUGAUAUUCCAAGUGAUUUUAAGCUAAGUUCUCUGUGGCAGAGAAUCUGUAUUAUGAUUCAAGGUAUUGCCAGCCAUGCUCGAAGUUUACUUCAUGACGUGGACAGCAACGUGGUGGAACGCUAUCACAGCAUCAUUGCGAAAUAUGUAGGAGGGAAGAGAGUUAAGUUUUCCCUCAAAAAUUCGUAUGAGACGCGAUGCAUUGCUUCAGCAGUGUCGUUCAAUGAAGAAAAUUCACUGUCAAAACUAUAUAAGAAAAUGACCAACAAAAGCUGA